ACUUAUUGGGCCGUGGGUCUCGGAUGCUGUAGAGAGUUGAAGGGUAAUUAUUGGUCAACCCGACGACUGUUAGAUGUUUUCAAGCCGCCCGAAGGCCUAGGCUUGCCGUAACAGCAUCCACGGACAGGCAUAGGUUAGGUACCCAAGAAGAAAAGUAGCCAAGCUGUUCUAAAAAAAAUAUUCAAUAGAAAAAAAACUUCUUAUUCUUAAAAAACAAAAUCUAAUGCCUAGUUAUUUUGAAUUCUGUCUACCGUUUCUAAACUUUACAAUACUGAACCGUAUAGUUGUUUUAAUUACUUCCAUUAACACGUUUGUGGCACUUAGUCACAUUUUUAUACAACGUACCAGAAUAUUUUCUUGUCAUUUAACUGUUAUUAUUUUACCAGCCAUGGCGUCUCAACCCAUAUCCACAGCAUUCGAUUACAAUGUUCGAUGCUGGAAAAUUCUUGCUCUCUGGUUAAGAGAAGUAAAUCACAAAUACUAUUAUUAUUACUCAUUACUAUUUAUUUUCUUGUUUUUUGUUCUAUACGAUGGUUUAUUGACUUUGAACCUGAUUUACUGCCCGAAAACUGUACAGGCCUUUGUUCCUGAGCUUCUUUUUUAUUUUACAUCUGUGGUCGUAGCAUUUAAAAUUCAUAUGAUAAUAUCAAAAAGUAAGCGUAUAUUAGAAGCUUUCAGCUACUUGGAUACUGAUGUAUUUGCUGGUGAAACUCCAGAACAUAAAGAGAUGAACAAUACAUUUGUAGCAGAUUACAAGAGAUACUAUCUGAUAUAUUUCUGUAUUGGUCACAUAUCAUAUAUAGGCUUCACUUUCUAUCCUCUCAUAAAUCAUUUGGUUUUCGGUGAAAAGUUAGUCCUUUCUGUUUGCAAUUAUUAUUUCCUUACUGAGAAAGAGAGAGAUGACAAUAUUUAUCUCUACUGGAUCUUCCAAUCGCUUGGAAACUAUGCCCAUAUGACUACAAGCGUCAACAGUGAUACAUUCAUGCCUGGUUUGAUAUUCAUGGGAAUAGGGCAGUUCAAGGCUUUGAACUACAGAUUGGCAAACAUAAAAAGUCUAUCGCAAGAGGGAAAUCUGGACAUUCGGCAAGAAAGACAGUUGGAAGAAGAACUAGUGAAAAGCUUGAAGCAUUAUGAUGCAAUAAGAGUGUAUUGCAAACUCAUUCAGGAAAUUUUUGAUAUGGCAAUGUUUGUUCAAUUCGGCGUUGGAGCGGCUAUCAAUUGUGUCACUUUCAUAGCGUGUCUUCAGAUACCCAAAAAUGAGCUGUUUUUCUUGGUGCUUUACGGUGUAAUGAUGACUGUACAAAUUUUCACACCGGGUUAUGUCGGCACUCAGAUAGCACAUGAGAGUGGCCUGACUACAUCAGCUGUGUACGAUUGCGACUGGUUAGAGAGAUCAGCCUCGUUCAAAAGGAAUAUGAUUUUGUUAGUUGAGCGAGCGAACAAGAACAUGAUACUAACGGCUCGGUCCAUGUUUCCUCUGUCACUCACCACUUUCAUUUCGAUUAUGAAAGCCGCUUACUCAUGCUUCACAUUGGUUCGAGCUGUUAACAAUCAAGAAACGUUAUAAGUAUACUUACAUCACAGAUUAGAGAGCCUAUGUACUAAAGUAGUAUACUUAAAUGUGUAUUUUUUUUCUUAAACUGAAGUCAAAGUAUAGAG